GCGGGCGGAGCCGGCAUUGCCUCAGCGGCGCGAGCGAGCUGGUGUCGUGGCCGAGGUUGGGUUCGGAGCCGCUUCCCUCAGUCCCGCCCGGAGGAGCUCCCGCCGUCUCCCGGCCGCCGGCUGCUCCUUCCUACGCGCGUCGGGCCCGGUCCGUGACUGGAAAGGCCUAACUCUCCUCAGGCGCCUGAGGAGAAGGCCUGAGGCGGCGCUGCCCGUCCUCCUCCUCUUCCUCCCCCCCCACGAGAGUCACCCGGGGAGACCCGGCGGCGGCUCCUUCUCUCCUCCCGCUCUUCCUCCUCUUCCUCCGGCAGCGGUAUCACCACCCCCAUCAUCCCCAUCAUGUCGGCGGGCGGGGAUUUCGGCAACCCGCUGCGGAAAUUCAAGCUGGUCUUCCUCGGCGAGCAAAGCGUUGGGAAGACUUCCUUGAUCACCAGAUUCAUGUAUGACAGCUUUGACAAUACCUACCAGGCAACAAUCGGCAUUGACUUCUUAUCAAAAACAAUGUACCUGGAAGACCGCACAAUCAGGUUGCAGCUCUGGGAUACUGCGGGCCAGGAACGUUUCCGUAGCCUCAUUCCCAGUUACAUCCGCGACUCUGCCGCCGCUGUAGUAGUAUACGAUAUUACAAAUGUAAACUCAUUCCAGCAAACCACAAAAUGGAUCGAUGAUGUCAGAACGGAAAGGGGUAGUGAUGUGAUCAUCAUGCUUGUAGGAAACAAAACAGAUCUAGCAGAUAAGAGACAAGUAUCUAUUGAGGAAGGGGAAAGGAAAGCCAAAGAGCUGAAUGUGAUGUUCAUCGAAACUAGCGCAAAGGCCGGAUACAACGUAAAACAACUUUUCCGACGUGUGGCUGCUGCUUUGCCUGGCAUGGAGAGCACGCAGGAGAAAAGCAGAGAAGAUAUGAUCGACAUCAAACUUGAAAAGCCUCAAGAGCAGCCAGUCAGCGAAGGAGGCUGUUCCUGCUAAUAGUGUGUUGGGGUUUUCUUUUGUUUUUUGUUUUGUUUUUUCUUCCUUCCUUCCUUCCUCACUCAAACCAUCACUGGCUUCUCCUGCCCCCCUCCCUCCCUUCCUUCCUUCCUUCCUUCCUUCUCUCCCCCCUUGACAGCCGCCGUGUGACGAUUGCCUUGCCUCCUCCUCCUUCCCCUACUUCCUCCUCCUCCUCCUCCUCCACCACCACUUAACCCCAGCACGGAUCCUCAUCGCUGCCUGUCUCGUGAAGAUGAUCUGUUAGCUUCACAAGCACAAAAGAAACAAAAAAAAAGUCGGUGUCUUCAUUGCAUAAGAGAAGGAAAGGGGUUGCAAGAGCCCAAACCACCCUACCUGUAUUCCAGUAGUUCUAGAAAGUUGAGUACAACUUUGUUGAGGUCUGUUCCUUUUUUUUUUUUUUUUCCCUUUUUCUUUUUUCUUUUACAAAGAAAAUUAAAACUUUGCACUUGUCAAAUGGAUGGAAAGUGGGGAGUGAGCGGGGAGAGGAAUAAGGAUGGCGCCUGGUUUUGCCGGCAAGGGGCGCGCGUCGCAGGGUAGAAGACGCCGUUGCAGGCCGUAGAGCGUUAACAGAAGAGCAAAAAAAAAAAAACCUAAGAGAGACUGCGCUGCCUUUUCAGUCCAACUUUUUGGGACAAGCAAAACUCAGAAAGACGGCCGGUUAAAUCGUGCUUUCAAUCGCGUUUGUUUAUUACUUUUAUAGCGCGAACAAACCGCCUUUCGGCAUCAGCUGGUGGAAAAAAAAAUUUUUUUUUAAGGUGCACGGUUCCAGAUCUUCUGUGUGACACCCACCGAAGGGCUUAGAAAAACCUCUUUUGAUUCCUGGGAGAAACCCCCCCCCUGUUAAACUGGGUCGCAAUGCAGUCUCUGGUUGGUUUUUUGCGUUUCUGGGAACGUUUUCAGAACAGGCACUUGGGGGGAGGAUGCUUUGAAAACAGGGUUCGGCCUGUUUUAAGAGAAACGAUGGACGUGAAAAAUCCGUUUCUAAAAUGGAGGCAUGUACACUACGCCCAAGCUUGUAAAUUCUCCGUAAAGUGAGGAAGGAGGACCAGGAUAAAUGAGGCUGUUGGGCAGCUCAAUACUCAACUGGAUGCAGGGAGAGUUAUAAAAGUCCCUUUUAAAAGGAUGAUUAUGGGGUGGGGGGGUUUGUUGCAUAAGGUAGAAACAAAACUUUCAAUUAUGCAGACUGUUGCCUUUACUUUCAGCAUUAUUAUUGUUUUUCUUUUUUUUUUACAUUCGGUCUUGAGUCUUAUGUAUGUACUACAUAAUUCGGUUAAGUAACCGUUUGUUUAGUAUUAUGUUUAACUUAACUACCAUUAACGGUGAUUUCCUUCAAUAUUUAUUUUCUCUGCUUUAAAUUUGUUUAGCAUUCAAGGCUUUCUUUCUUUCUUUCUUUCUUUCUUUCUUUCUUUCUUUCUUUCUUCUUUCUUUCUUUCCCUCUGUCUCUCUCUCUCUCUCUCUCUCUCUUCUCUCUCUCUCUCUUUGAAUUGGUUAAUCCAUUUAAAGCUUUGGGAAUGUUGCAAGAUUCCGCGAUUUAUUUCGGAAACAGACAUUCAUUCUAUCUCAUGUACACACACACAAACACACACACACACAAACACACAGCCACGCUACAGAAGUGCACUCUUAAUAGUACUAGUCAUUGUGAAGUUGCUAUGUAAGUUAACACAAUUGUAAAUACAUUGUUUGCCAGGAGAGUUUGUGGAGGGGAAGGGGGGGGCGAUGUGGGACAAGCUUUUUUUUCUCUCGCAAGGGCUGGUUUUUGAAAAGGCAGCCCAGCUCGGUGCAGAGGCCUCAACGCAAAAUCCCCCCACCCACCACCCACCCCCACCCCUUUGCAUUGUGGAGUCGGAAUGGCAAAUCCAUCACUUUGACUUGAGUUUCCAGUAACUUUGCAUAAUCUCAUGUUAAAAGGGCAGAUUGACAUACAAAUGCUUUUCAUGCAAUAUUGAAGAGGUGAUUUUUCUUUUUCCUUUUUUCCUUUUUUUUUUUCAAAGUAGCAUGUCUAGAAAUAAAUGUUUAAACUAUGGCAACCGACGGCGAACUUAAUCCUGAAAAGAAACUCAAAAGGAGACUGGGCUACUUAUUAUUUUUUUUUUCCUUCCUUGUAUCGUUGUUAUUUUACGUGUGCAGAAACUUAAACAAAGAAUCCCAUCUCGCUGCUUUUGAAUAACUGAGUUUUCUGUGGUUUGGGUUCUUCGAGCAAUUAAAUGUGUACACGGGUUGGAUUUUUUAAAACAUGCACAGAAUUUUUUGCUUCCAAUAAAGUAUCUAAUCAAAACACUACGAGAAAA